CUUUUUUUUUUCUUUUUCUAUCUUGUAUUUUAGAUUUUAUUUCUUCUUCAGAAUUUGCCCUUUCGCGUAUACCAAAUUUCUUGAUAUAGCUUGGGUUCAGGAUGAAUGUGCCACACGAGGCUCCGAGCGGAGAGCUGAAGAAGAGCAAGGGCAGUCUGGACCUGAACGGGCGCUUUAUUGCCGAACAGCUGACCAAAACGGAAACGCGCCUGAUCGUUAGCCAUGGUCCGGAUCUGGCAAUGGUUGCCAAGCAGAAAUCCCUUCUAAAUAUCGAACCCAAGCUGGCUGAGAAGCCAGCCUUGAGGUUGUGCAGCGAGCCGCCAAGCGACAUGGAACACUUCAGCAUGGAGCACAAUUUCGAUGCCAAGGAUUUCUUGGAAAUGUCCGAGUCAAGCCUGGAGCUCAUUGAGGAACCACACGGCAGGCAUCAAUAGCAGGCCACAAAGUUGAAUAAGGCCUAGCCGUAUAGCCGCACCCAAUUGCCCGGAUUGACCACACGCAAGUUAAUUCAAAACUUUGCUUGUCCCCGAAAAUGUUUUGUUAAACGUGAUGCGAAGUGCAGCUCUAGAACUCAAGGCUUCCUGAAGGUAAACCCAAUUCAAGACAUGCUCCUCCGAGCUGCCCCACGAUUGAAACCCAUUGAUGGCUAUCACAAAAAGAGUCCAUUAUAAUGUGUACACUCAAUUUUGAUCCCCAAGUAAACUAUACAUUUUAAAAGUUCAAAA